UAGAAAUGUCCAGGUAUAAAGCAAAUGUACACACCUCUCGGGCGACAUAAUUGAAAAAAGGAGAUUUAUAAAUGAGCUGGUAGUUCACGAUCUUCUCUAUCGCGGAAUACACAUAUAUCAACUGUUCCUUCCACUGAUUUUGUUUGUCGUUGAAGCUGAACUGAGAAGACUGUCGAUGUCAAUUACUGUUAUUGCAGUGGAAAAGAAAUGAAGAAAUUGUACAAUGAAGGAAGGGAUACAUUACGUUCUUGUGGUAUUAACUACAAAAACGACACUGACAUCAUGUUGAAUUCAAGCAGUUGAUAUGUACGUGAGCGACAAGAAACACUCAGGAAAAGGCACCAUCAUCGUUCAAAGAUAAUCCGCAGUUUUGAAAUUCAGAAUUCAAAGAUCUCAGAUUGGACAUGGGAGAGCAGUGACCCAUUUCCCUAAGAAAAAUGUUAAACGACUCGAAUAAUACCGAUGAAGAGUUCCUUCCCUUGUCGCUUCAUGUUGUCGUCUUCAGCAUAGUGUUUAUGGGUAUCGACAUUGUGUUCAGCCUCCUGACAAACAUUCUGCUGAUGAUGACCAUAAUCAACGCACCGAGUCUGCGCACUCCGCCUAACAAUCACUUGUUGAAUAUCGGUUUGAAUAACGUGAUUCUUAGCUUGUGUAUGGUCCUGUCAUUGGUCAGUGUGGGAACAAGGAGAAAUGAUCUUGUCUACGUCCAAUCCUUCACUGGAUUUCAGCUUUUUAUCGUCUCCAAUUGCUCUCUCCAGUACUUGUGUGCAUUUGCGUCCAUUUGCAUUUACAGAAAAACGACAAUCAAAAGGCCAUCCUUAUGCCUACGGAUGCGAAAAAGAAUGGUCACCCGCUCAAUUCUCUGCAGCUGGAUCACCUCGGUUCUCUUAUCUUUAAUUUUUUGUUUGUCAUUGAUGCCAAAUGAUGAGCUUAUUUGUGAUACUUUGAAUCCAUUUCAAAGAGAGUUUCGUUCUUGCGAAAGUCGCUCAAAUCUUACCUCCGAGCAAGCGGUGGUUCUUGUGAUUUACAUUGGAGCAUACGUAUCUGGACUCAUUGUUAUUUUCUCGUCCUAUUACAGUAUAUGCAAAUCUCUCAAUUUAACUGGAUCAUUCGGAAAAAGUCGGGUAUCGCCGUGGAAUAGAAAUUCGAGUUUAUCUUCAGACAUGGGGACUGAAACUAGCGACCAAACCCAACAGUUAAGCAGUGAUGGUGAGUAUGUCAAACCGUACACUAUCUCUUCCGGCAACUGCGAGGACAUCAUUGUGCACUAUCAACGUAGUGAGCAUGCGCUUACAUUUGAGGACAUCUUCGCGCUUGAAAAUCCAAUUCUUGCAGCAAAGCUCAAACAAAACGUGUUCGAGAAGAGACCACUGAAGCCUACUCUCUCCAACACGAGUACACAGUCAACGAAGUCCAAAAACUGUACAUUCACGGACAUAUCACCAGACGGCAACCUGCAAAGAAUCCAGAACAUCAAAAACGCGUCUGCCUUACGUAACCAGUUCUUGAGGAGAGAUCGGGUGAGCCUAAGUAGCGCCACAAAAAACAGUUUCAUCAUGUUUAUAGCAUAUCUUAUUUUUUCCCUACCUCUCUUGGUUCUUGGAAUUCCAGGGGCUCUGGAUUUUUUAUCCUUUGAAGCCCGGAUACUCACUAUAGUCGUAUGUCGUCUGCUAUUUUACAUCAAUGCAUGUUUUUACCCUCUCUGGUAUUUGCUGUUUAGUAAACGGGUUCGUCAGUGCCUACUUAGACUCAUAGAAAAUAUUCUGAUAAAGUUGCAAGUAAGACGAUAACUUAUUUUAAUUUAUUUAUCGUCAUAUUUUAAUGUGUUUUUUAACUUGUUGUUAUAUUUAUAAAUAAAAAAGAUAUUUUUAAAAUA